AGGGCUCUCUCUCUUCAGCUUCUGUCAAGAUGGCAGACUCCAGCAGCGAUGAUCUUCCACCGGAUCGACUCGCACGGAAUCUCUCGCUGCACCGUGCCUGCGAGGUGGGCGACUACGGCGAGUGCGAGCGGCUUCUUAAGAGCGAGGAGGGCGCCGAUGCCUGGUGGCAGGACCCAGACAUGCUCGGAUGGAGCGCGCUGCACUAUGCGGCUGAACGGGGCCACACCAAGCUGGUCAAGCUCUUGCUGAGGAGGGGCGCCAUCUGGAAUGCGUCUGACUUGCUUGGCAAGACGGCGGCGGAGGUUGCCUGGUCGAACAACGACGAGGGGACCUACCGGGCGAUCUUUGACGAGGGCGUUCGGCAAACACUGCUCCUGAACCUCCUCGAGCGGCGCGCAGAAGACGCAUCGCACGCGCCCUCGACCUCGCGAGGAGGCACAAGCGUGCUGCAGGACGGCCACCUGACGCUCUCCUCCAACGUCGACUCCUCGCACGAGGUUUCUGCCUCCAACGAUGCCUUUCUCGAGAGCAGGCUUUCCUUCGUCGAUGAUCCCAGCACGGGCACAAAGCGCUGCCUCGACGUGGACGGCGGUCUCGUCAUGGCGCCGUGGGAGACGGACAUCAUGGCCCUCUCGGCCUCGCUCCUCUGCGACGGCGCCAAGCCCGACUGCGCGGUGCUGAACGUCGGCUUCGGCCUUGGAAUCAUCGACGAGCUCUUCCAGGCCCGGAAUCCCCCACCGGCGCGGCAUGUCAUCAUCGAAGCGCACCCCGACGCAAUCGCCCACGCCAAGCAGCUCGGCUGGGACAAGCGCCCGGGCGUCGAACUGAUCCAUGCCAAGUGGGAGGACGCCCUCGAGAGUCUAGAGGGAGACUUUGACGCAGUGUACUGGGACACAUACGCGCAGGGCUACGGCGAGCUGAGGAACUUCCUUGAGCACCUGCCCAACCUCCUCUCGGGCCCCGAGGCAAAGUUUUCCUUUUUCCACGGGUUGGCAGGCACCAACCCGUUCUUGUACGACGUCUACACCCGUGUCGCCGAGCUGGACCUCAAAGACAUUGGCCUCGUGACUGACUGGCACACCCUGCGCCCCACGACGACGCAAGAGACGUGGCAGGGCGUCGUGCGCAAAUACUGGCAGCUCGACACCAUCAACGUCCCCGUCUCCAAGAUGGACCAGUCGCUGUUCCAAUGAACUGUUUGGGUGGAUCAACAGAUGUGUUUCAUUCAUGUGCAAGUGUGUAUGUACUGUGUAUGUCGUUUUUGGCCAUGGGUCCCGUCGUCGUAGUAAUGGUAGUAGUAAAGAAAAAUGUGUGAGAUAUCGUACAGUACAAGGUAGUAACAACAACAACAACAACAACAAUCCUCUCUUUCCCCUUUCUCUUUUCCUUGCCUCU